CAUUGCAUGUUCUGAACUCAUGGCCUUGUCUCCUGCCAGCUUGUUCUGAUAGCUUCUCUUGAACCACAUCCUUCUGUUUUCCCUCGCCUAUAAAUCCAUCAUCUUAGCACCAAUUCAUCAGCCCAUCAGAAAGCUAAGCACCACACCCCUAGUAGCUGAACAUCACUAGAGACAAGCUGAGCUUCUUUGAACUUUUCAGACAAAAAGGAGGAUAUCGAAGCAGCCAUGAUCAGUGCCAAGAGACUCGCUCAGAUGGCAAGAAAGUGGCAAAGAAUGGCCGCUCUCGCGAGGAAGAGGCUCAUGCCCACCCCGGCGAAAGAGACCGAGGGAUCGUCCUGCAGCAGCAGCACGUCGUCGGUGGCCGGCAAGGGCCACUGCAUGGUGUACUCAGCUGACGGCAGGCGGUUUGAGGUCCCGCUGGCGUACCUCGCCACGGCGAUCUUCAGCGAGCUCCUGAGCCUGUCGCAAGAGGAGUUCGGGUUCGCCGGUGAUGACGGCAGGAUCACACUGCCAUGUGAAGCUGCGGUGGUGGAGUACGUCAUGUGCUUGCUUAGGAGAAACGCCUCAGAAGAGGUCGAGGCGGCUUUCCUGAGCUCCAUAGCGAGGCCCUGCCACUAUGGAAGUGGCUUGGCGCAAUCCAUGGGAGUUAGUCAGCAGCUUUGCUGUUUCUAGCUUCGGAAGAUUAGCAUUUAGCUUGCCUUCUCCUCCUAGCUCUAGUAUGAUGUAUGUAAAUAGUUACAUGUGGAGAUUGGAAAUAGAAUUGAGAUGAUUGUUCCAAAAGAAAUGGUGCCAAUUAUCUGAUUUAGCAAACUGAAACUGGGCUGUUCUACUUCUACUGCGUCCUGAUCACUUGAGACAAUCUGAUUUAGCUCUGCCGCAGUGCCGCUCGACAAGUGAAGCCAAUGCACCUUAAAACUGAAGUCGUUUCAAAUUUAUCAUACUCGCAAGCUUGCGUUUCAUCAAUUUAAGACACCCUUUUUUAUUUUCUAUGCUAGUCUUCUGAUUUGUUCAACAGACCUGAAUAAUUCAGAUAAAUAAACUGUAUUUCAUUUUCA